GCGGUGAUGGAGAUGGUGGUGGCCGCGGCGUCGCCGGAGGUGCCCGCGGAGGAGGAGAGGGCGCUGAUCCGGGACAUCACCGUCGCCGCCGAGGCCCACUCCAAGGAGGGGGACACCUUCUUCCUCAUCACCAACAGGUGGUGGCAAAGUUGGAUUGAUUAUGUUAUUCAAGAUUUGGCUAGUGCAACAAAUAAUGGUUCUCAUCAUCAUGAGUAUGGUUCGAAUGUUUUGAGAAGACCAGGAGCUAUUGACAAUACAGAUCUGAUUGACGAUACUGCAUCUGAAGUGUCGAACAUGGAGAUUGAACUACAUGAUACAUUGGUCGAGGGUCGUGACUAUAUUCUGCUUCCACAACAAGUUUGGGAAAAGUUGCAUGGUUGGUAUGGUGGAGGACCAACAUUGCCAAGAAAGGCAAUCAAUACUGGCUUGUCUCAAACUGAUUUAGCCAUAGAAGUUUAUCCUUUACGUCUGCAGUUGCUUCUGGCUCCAAAAGGAGAGCAAGCUGUUAUAAGAAUAAGCAAAAAAGAUACAGUUGGCGAACUCCAUAAGAAGGCUUGUGAGGUUUUUGAUUUGAUACCUGAUGAGGUCUGCAUUUGGGACUACUAUGGCCGAACAAGACAUUCUUUGAUGGAUAAUCUAGAGAAAACCCUUGAUGAUGCCAACAUUCAGAUGGAUCAAGAUAUUCUAGUUGAGGUUAGUACUGAUGCAAACGGUAGUUUGGAUGGUGGUUGCAUGGGUUCAAUCCAAGAAAACGAAUAUUUCGAACGAGAAUCAACUUCCUUGAUUGCAGAUGCUUCGAAAUCAGGAUUAUCGAACGAGAAUUUUGCAUCGAACAAUUAUACUUCUAGAAGCUACAGCUCUAGUCUCACACAAAGCCAGUACCUACGAUCUUCCAAUGGGGACUUGGAUAACAUGCAUGGUACUAGUAGCAUGAUUACCAGAGGAUCUCCUUUAGGUCUUACAGGGCUACUUAAUUUGGGAAAUACGUGUUUCAUGAAUAGUGCCAUACAAUGCCUUGUGCACACACCAGAAUUUGCUAGAUAUUUUCGUGAAGAUUACCACCGUGAAAUAAAUUGGCAAAAUCCGCUGGGUAUGGUGGGUGAACUUGCUUUAGCUUUUGGUGAGCUACUGAGGAAACUGUGGGCUCCUGGACGCACACCAGUUUCUCCUCGACCAUUCAAAACAAAGCUGUCUCGGUUUGCACCUCAGUUCAGUGGAUACAACCAACAUGAUUCACAGGAGUUGUUGGCGUUCCUCUUGGAUGGACUUCAUGAAGACUUGAACCGUGUGAAACAUAGACCUUACAUUAAGUCCAAAGAUGCUGAUGGUCGAUCAGAUGAUGAGGUCGCAGAUGAAUAUUGGGCCAAUCAUAUUGCCAGAAACAAUUCAAUCAUUGUUGAUGUAUGCCAGGGACAGUACAAGUCAACUUUGGUCUGCCCAGCCUGUGGAAAGGUUUCAGUCACUUUUGAUCCGUUCAUGUAUCUUUCCUUGCCUCUACAAUUUACAUCAACCAGAAGCAUGACUGUUAUGGUCUUUACUUUUGAUGGGAGUAUUCCACCAACACCAUACACUGUAAUCGUGCCCAAGCAAGGCAGGUGCAGAGAUCUUAUCCAAGCCCUCAGCAAUGCAUGCUCACUUAGAACUGGGGAGAGGCUUGUAAUUGCCGAGAUACGUAAUCAUAGAAUCCAUCAUCUACUAGAUGAUCCAGUGGUUCAGCUAUCUACAAUUAAUGAUGAUGAUCACUUGGCAGUUUAUAGGCUUCCAAAAAUGGAAAAGAAGCCAAAUUACAUUCAGUUUGUUCAUCGCCGUGAUGACUUGGACAACGGAAGCAAUAUCAGUUCAAUAUCUUGGAAACCCUAUGGUGUUCCUCUUCUUGCACAAGUAUCUCGUAAUGAAACUGUCACGGGUAUGCAUAUGCAUGAGAUGGUCCGCAAAAUGCUUGCACCUAUGCAGAAGAAUCAGGAAUCUCAGCAUAUGGUUCAAAGCUCUGUUUCCACAAGGACACAAACUUAUCAUACUGAUGCAAGUAAAUUGCAGCUACAGUUGAUUGACGAUAGCAAUUCAAUUAUUGAGCAAUCAAAUGAUACUAUUAGAGUCCCACAGUCUUCUCUUGCAGCUGUAAUCUUUGUCAAUUGGCCCAAAGUGGAUCUGAAAAAGUUAGACAUUCAUCAUUUGGAGAACCUUCCCGAGGUGUUCAAAUAUGCUCCUCCUGCCAAGAGAACCCGUGGUGAACCUCUCUCGCUCUAUGCAUGCUUGGAUGCUUUCUUGAGAGAAGAACCUCUUGUUCCUGAAGACAUGUGGUACUGUCCAAGGUGCAAGGAGCAAAGGCAAGCUAGCAAAAAACUGGAUUUAUGGAGGCUUCCUGAAGUGCUAGUUAUACAUUUGAAGAGAUUCUCAUUUAGUAGGUCAACAAAGCAGAAGCUAGAAACAUUUGUCAACUUCCCAAUACAUGAUUUCGAUUUGACAAACUAUAUUGCCAACAAGAGCUCAGAACGCCAAAUAUAUGAGUUGUAUGCUGUGAGCAAUCAUUAUGGCAGCAUGGCAAGUGGACAUUAUACAGCAUACAUAAAGCUUUUGGACGAGGACAGGUGGUAUAAUUUUGAUGAUAGCCAUGUUUCUGCCAUCAAUGAAGAAGAUGUGAAAUCAGGUGCAGCCUAUGUGCUCUUUUACAGAAGAGUGAGAGAUGGAACAGCAAGCAAUGGAAUUCAGUCAUAUGCCAAUCAAAAUCACAGAUCCAGCCAAAGAUGAAAAUUUUUUUGUUGCACAGAUUUGUAUGAGAUAAGAGGAAUUUGGGAACAAACCCUGCAUUUCCUUUUUCAUGGAACUGCAAGAGUCAUUUUGGUACCAUUAACAUGUCUCGGAAAAGGCUGGCCUCAUGAAGAAUCAAAUGUGGAAUGCAUUAGACAAUGCAAACAGUGCAAAUUUCUGCAGCAUUGGAUAAAAUACAGAUGGGAAUUUGCACAAGUAGAAUGCGAGUGAUUAUCCCAGGUAUUAUGAAUAUACAGCUUCUUUAGGAAGUAAGGCUGGUUGGCUUCUAGUUUCACCUUGAAGAGAGAAACAUAGGGGACACAAGAUAACUUCUAGAAACAUCUUUUUGUUCAAUUUGUUUUUUUAGUUUUGCUCCAUAUCUAGACAUAGAGUACACCUUUACUGUUUUCAUCAUCAAUGCUAAGACCGAAAAAGUAUUGGUGCACCUGUAUCACACUGAUUAUUGAGGCUUGAGGUGGCCAUCUAUAGGAUGUGCUAUGACGCGCCAGUACAAGUAGUCUUAAAUUAUGGUGGUGUGAUGGUAUCCUGUUGUUGCAGCAAGAAUUUGUAACCUGGGUUGUACUUUUACUGUGGACAAUUGGUCCCAAGGCUGUAAAAUGUGUUGGUGCUGAGAUAAAAAACACAGUAAAACUAUGCGUCUACUAUCAAAGUGCUGUAUCUCAGGUAUCCUCGAACUGAGCUGUAACAUUAGAUAUCUUGGAAAGAUGAUAUUACUAAUUCUGGUCAUUUCCAAGAGCUCAGUUUGAGGAUACCUGAAAACACCCCUAAAUUUCGUACCAAAAUAUGUAUCUGUUUGCAGUGAAUGUUCUUCUAAAUGCAGGCAAGACAAUGAACA